AUGUCAAAGAUAGCCUUCCUUGUGGACAUCUUUACCCAUCUGAAUGGACUGAACCUGAAACUUCAGGGACAUGGAAAAUCCCUGGCAGCAUGUAAGAAAACUGUAAAGACAUUUCAAGGGAUGUUACCAGUUUAUCUGAAAGAUUUGACCAAAGACAAGAAGUACUUUCCCACUCUGAAGGAAUAUGGACCAAAUGCAGUUGUAGGUGCAGACUUUGUGCAGAAACUCAUGGACGAGUUUAACACCCGCUUUGCGGACUUCAAGAAUUUGGACAGUAUCCUGUUAGUUGUGACACAACCAUUUUUGGUAGACCCAACAGAUGAAAGAUGUUUGGAGCUAGCAGCAAUUUCUCCAGACAUGUCCCUGCAAGACCUUCAAGAACAACUCAUCGAGCUACAGGCUGAUGAUGAACAGAAACUGCAGUUCAAUGGUAAAGAAAAAAAAGCUGAUGUACUAAAGAAAGAGGAGUUUCUAAACACCGCAACCAGAGUAGAUGAGGCUAUGGAUGAGUCUGAUGCCACAGAUGAGGACAUGGAGGAUGAGGCUUCAACCUCAAAAAAAGAUGUGAGAAAGAGGGUACGUUGA